GGAUUCGAAAACGGUAAAACUCAACUGUUUAACUCUAGGGGAGUUGGAAAAUGAGCCUCUUUUCAAAAAAAGUGGAGUGUUCCUUUAAAGCACAGCAUACACACUAUCACUAAGAUCAGUUUCCCUUUUUUGGCUGACAGAUCUGUCGUCAGUCAUAAUCUGGUUAGCAGAGCAGUAUUGACCUCCAUGACUUGAGGCAACACAAAUAGGCGAUGUGUGCUAAUGAGGUUAGAGAGGUCAGUAGCUCAGGUGGUUCACUAUCCAAACAAAAGCACACCCGCCCAGCAAAACAACUCCAGCAUAAACAAAAUAAAUCGCAUCAAAUUUAAAAAAGUAACACUAAUCAACAUGACACAUACGACAGAGUUGCAACAUCCAAUGUGUUAGAAAUAUACAUAUAUAUAUAUAUAUAUAUAUAUAAGAGAGUAUUCUAAUUAUAGAAAAGUCAUGCACUCUGAUAGCCUACAACUAAAGGAAACUCUCCUUUCCAAACCACACCAAGAGUAGGCAGCACAGAAUAAGUGAGCCAUUCACACUAGCCAUGUUAUUGCGUUCAAAGCUUGACAGAACUGAAUGGAACAGAAUGCAUCAUAAACUCAGGAUGAAUGCUAAAAUAAACCAGGUAGAACUACAUUGCAAUGCAACAGCCACUUCAAGUACAGACAACGUCUCUACUAGCUGCAGAUGCGGUGUAAUAUAAAUACACUCUAUUACUGUAAACUCUUAAAAAUAAGGUUCCAAAAGGGGGGUUUCGCAGCAAUGCCAUAGAAGAACCAGUUUUGGUUACCCACAGAACCUUUCAGGAAACAGUUCUAAAAAUAACCUUUUGUGGAACAUUUUUCCAUUAUAAAGGACCUUUUGUGGAAUGGAAAGGUUUUAUGGUUGUUAAAGGUUCUUCAUGGAACCAUAGAUACCAAUAAAGAAACCUUUAUUUUUAGGAGUGGAGGGAACCAAUCUACUAUUACUAUUAGGAAGCAAAUCAAGUAAGGGUCAUUGACAGGUCAUCACUGACAAUAGAAUUGUAUGGAUGGAUUAAAAACUAAACCUAUGAUUAAGGUCAUAAGCUGUCCAACACUGGACAUGUAGACAGAACAUGCAACAAUCAGAGUUAAAACACAUGGGACGUUUAAAAAAAAAAAAAAUUCACAUUAUGAGAUGCAAAGAUAUUGGAAGCAAGAUGGAUGCCCAUGUCAGGCCUCAGGACUUGAUUUAACUCUCUAUCCGCUUGUUAAGUGGCAUCCUAAUAUUUUAACAAAUCAUAAAAGAUGAAUCACUGUCUGGCCAUCUGAGAUUUCAGUAUGGAGAUGAAGGUUAGGAUCAUGAUCAUGAUUCGGUAUUACAGCAGGUGAGUGUGUAUUAGCACCAUUUGUUUUUUGAUUUUGGCAUCUGAUAGUGUUUGGAGCCGGAAAUCAGACUUAACAAGCAGAUUGUUAGUAACUGCAAAGCACCAAAAUAGUGCUUCCUGAAGAAACCUUCACCAUACUCGUACAAACUCCACAUUGUUCAUUUUUCUAAAGAUGAAAUGACAACAAAGCAACUUGUGCAUGAUUUUCCCAUUCAUAAACGCACCUAUGGUAUGUUUACUGUGUUACAUAAACACAACGCUGCCUGUUAAUUACCUAGUCCAAUUAGAGUAACAGCAGAUGGUCUUGUAAGCUGGUGGGUCUUAUUAGAAAAUGAACCCCCAUGUAGAGCCCCCAACCCAGAUGUAAAAAACCGACUCUCUGAGCAAUGGCAGCCGUGUUGCUCAUCACACUUAAUGACACAGGUCAUUCGAUAGCAAAGUACAGAGUUUUGUUUGCCACCCUUGCAUUGUAAGACCACGUCGUAAAGGAGCAAAUCAACAUAAUGCAGCACUCAUCAGAAGUGGUGUGACGUAACUAGCUAAUCUUUCAGAAAGCCUGUCUGGAUUUAAAUAGAGAUAUACAUAAUCCCAUUCAGCACUUAGAGGAGUUGUCAGGGGGGGAGCCAAGCCCAAAGAGGGGCCAACACCAGCACUCAGCACAACGCAGUCCCGUUGUUCUGGUCGGAGACAAAAACGGUGAAAGAAGAGAGAGCGUGAGACAAGAAGGUAAGCGAGGAGGGUAACUCAGCAAAUCCGUCCGUUUUACUCGUGUACAGCCUAGAAAUAUGGGGAACACCAAGAGCGGUGCUUUGUCCAAAGAGAUUCUGGAUGAUCUGAAGAUGAACACCAAAUACACGGAGGAAGAGCUCUGCACGUGGUAUGCCAGCUUCCUCAAAGAGUGUCCCACCGGACGCAUCAGCAAGGAGCAGUUCGAGGGCAUCUAUGCCAGUUUCUUUCCAGAUGCCGAUCCUACCGCCUAUGCUAGGCAUGUCUUCCGCAGCUUUGACACCAACGCCGACGGCACCUUGGACUUUAAGGAGUACAUUGUGGCGCUGCACCUUACCUCUUCAGGCAAGACCACGCGCAAACUUGAAUGGGCGUUCGCUCUGUACGACGUAGACGGCAAUGGGACCAUCAGUAAAAAUGAGGUGCAGGAGAUUGUACGGUCGAUAUUCAACAUGAUUCCGGCCGAAGACCAGAAAAACCUUCCAGAAGAUGAGGACACACCAGAAAAGCGAGCAGACAAAAUUUGGACCUUUUUCGGAAAGAAAGACGAUGAUAAGAUCGAAGAGGGGGAAUUUAUUCAGGGUGUCAUGGAAAACAAAGACAUCUUGAGGUUGAUACAGUUCGACGAGCCAAAGAAGAUUCAGGACAAACUCAAGGAAAAGAAGCAUUAAUGACCACAUUCCCAUGAGACUGAUCAGAGCUUCAUUUCUAUUAAUUUGACACCAAACCUUCAUGACCCAGACUGCUUCUCCAGGUCAAAUGCUGGACUCAUCCAGAUACGCUAUCCAUAAACACAUCAGGGCCAUGAACCAGACAAACCUAGCUUUUCUUAUAAUACAUACAAGACUUCUGUUCUGGACCACCACCUCUACCUAAGGGCCUCUAAAGUCAUUGCUAUUUCCAUUGUUUUUAGAGUCCAAUCAAUAAGAGCAAUUAGGCUCAUGUUAACAGUCCAACUCUAGCGUACGCAAUCCGCUUAGGAUCUGAAGGUCGGGUAAGACAAAUCCGCAGGGUCCAGUGGCUCUCCUCUUUUAGAUCCCUUCAGGGUUAAGGUGGUUUAAGCGCAUUUAACAUGCAUUCAUCAGAAUCUGUUUAGCAGGUGACUGGGUAAUUUUUAUAGAACAAAUUUCUUGUACUGUGUUUUUUUUUAGGAUGUGCAGUGAUGGUGACGAGAAUUUUAGAGAAUUUUUACAUGAAAAAAUUAGGAAUUAAUGUUAAACAUAUCUAUUCUAAGUCCAUGUCAUCCACCAACGUCAACUAUCCAUAUAAAAACUCUGGGUAACACUUUAUUUUACAGUGUCCUUGCUACGUAUGUUACAUGCACUGUAUUAAUAACGGUAAAUUAUGCAUAACCAUAAACCUAACACUACUCUUCAGUAAAGUGCAUGUUGUUAAUUGAUAUUACUCAGUACGUAAAUGUAUAAUUACUCUGUAACAAGGACACCUUAAAAUGAAGUGUAACCAAACUCUCAGUCCAUUUCGGAUCAAAGAUUACUGCUGUACUGUUGGAACAACAGUAUUCAUGCCAGUCACAAUUGACCAUGUGGUUUCUGUCUAUGUAUUUGUAAUAUAAUUUAGCAGCCUGAUGUUUUAGAGAAGUACAAAUGUUAACGCGCAUUGUUCAUGUUCUUUUUGUUUUUCAAUCAGAACACUUCAAUAUACUGUAUAUAAAUAUAUUUUUGAGUUGAUUUUCAGUGCAAAUAACUGGUAAUAUCAUGUAACCACCACUUGUUGUCACUGACCUACUUUUGUACACGAUAUUAUCACACAAAAACAAAGCCGUCUCAAAAUGGAUAUUUAGCUGGACCUUCAUUUAACUGAUUGAGUUUAGAGUGAGAUUAGAGUCUUGAGUCUCCAAACAAGUUUAGACUUGCUAAACUUGAACACUAGAAAGGGCUCUCACCCCCAAGUGUAUCUUUAUCGUGUUGACGCUGCUUACGGCCAAAGCUCUAAGGACAAGCCUGAAACACAGGGGCUUACCUCUUUCUUUUCUUAAAGCCGUCUUUGUCUCAGGCUAAUGCAUGGCCUGGUUUCAGCACUAGGACACUGAGCUGCAAAACAAUGGCCAGAGCUGUGCAGCAUGGUUGCUUUUGACUCAGUGGAAAACAGGCUGAAUGGUCAAAACAAUGAGUAGUAGUAGAGUUGCAUUAAACAUGAAUCACCUGGUUUUUGGCUUGGUCUGCUAUUGUUUUGAAUCAGCGGGUCAAGGUUUCAACAAGCAGUUAGCCAGUUAGCCUAAAAGUUGGCAUACAUUCUGAAGAAAUACAACAAUUUAGCAACAUAAAAAACUGCCAAAACCGAUUAUGUUAUAGUAGAUGUUUCUUCAGUGAACAAUUAUUUGGAUGGAUCAAAAAUAAACUAAACUAAAAUAAAGCAAAGAAGGCAGCAUGUGCUAGACAGGCAACAUUGAGCUAAACGUAAAUGCUACAUGCUAAUGUUGGUCAAAAGAAGAAACCUCAGUGGUGAUAAACAAUUAGAGUUCUUUUUUAUUAUUAUUAUUAUAGACAAUGUAGUGAUUUCCUGGGCAAAUUCAACAUAAACAUCAUAUCUUCAUAAACAUGUUGAUAAAUGAAUAUUAUCAAUGAAGACUAUUAAGUUGAGAGCAAAUAAAUCAACAUUUACAAUAUUAUAUAUAUAUAUAUAUAUAUAUAUAAAAGAUCUAGUUUGGAACACAGACAUUCAACUGAACAGUUUUUCAGAAUACACAUAAUGCACACCAUUGACAUCAAUUUUCAAUACAAUUUCUGCAACAUGUAGUUCUAGAAUAGCUUGGGCAAUGCAGUACAGUAAAACUUGUUACAUGCUAAACAGCAAAUGUAAACCAGUGAUACCCUAUGUUAGGUGAAAAGAGAAUGAUUGUUAGUAACUUGCUAUAAAGGAAAUAAUAAAGUAAACAAUAACCUGAAUGCAUUACCUUUCAUGGUAGAGCAUUUUUUACUUAUAAAUUUUAGAUUUACUUUCACAUUAUCGGACAUGCGGAUGUGCAUUUCACAAUGUUCUUAGCUGAGCACAUAAAAUCCAAUUAUAUUCCCAUCAUGUAGUCCUGGUGCGCAUACAUAUACUGUGAAUUUAUCUCAGGCAGCAAGUACUAUACAUCUUGCAGUUUUGAUUUUUAUUCCAUGCUUGAUUUUAUUGGGCUAUGUAUUUAUCUAACUCUAAACACUAAUGUAUUUCUUGCCAUAUUGACCAAUAGUAAAAAUAAAUACAAAUCUGAUAGGAAUUUGAAUAAAAGCACAGAUAUUUUUAUUUUCCCAAAAUGUGCUUUGACAUCCUGUGCUAUAUAAAUAUAUCAAAUUUCUCAAUAUUACUGUAUAAAGUUUGAAAAUUGAAAUGUAUCUUCCAGUAUUAGAGCUUUGUGGUUUGAACAGUGUGAUAAGCUGCCUAUGACAAUGUGCAUUCAGCAGAAAACUGUGGCAUCCAUUAAUCAAAUGUUUACGUAUCAGUUAAAACAUAUGACAAAGACUACAGAGAGAUGAGCAUGAUGUAGGAUGAGCUUGACAACAAUUACAGACAAAAAACGCCACGCACAUAUUUACAGUUAUGUACAAACACUUAACAGAAUAGAUUGUGAACAUUCCAAGGCAAUUUACCUUUAGGCACUAAAAGGUGUACAUUAUAACUCAAAUCAUUAUAAUUCACAUCUGAUCCACCUUUGAUUGACACCCGGAUUCUACAGCCCAACCAUAUAAUUUCACCAUUAAUAAACAGUAUAUAUGUCUAUAAGUUGCUUUAGUGCAGCUUACAUCAGAAAUUUGGAUGCCAUCGGAGUAAAACUGGCUGCAUAAGGGAUUUUCUUGGCUUCAACAUGGGAAAAAUUAUAUGACUUUGCUAUCGAGUCCUGGCUAGUUGACACAUCUUCCAUGAACACAAUCAAUGGACUAACCAGCACCACUCAAAUAACACAUCUAUUUUUCCAUUAACCAUACAAUAACUAGUCCUACAUUUAGACACAACAUGCUUUUCUGUAAAAUAAAUCUGCAAAAAUAUGAAAAUAUAUCCAUUCCAUACUUCGACAAUGCAACCUGACCCCUCUUUCAUAAGGAAGGCUGUAGAUUUGCCAGCAGUUUAUGUGUAUUUUGUAAAAAAAACAACAACAAAAAAACUUUCCAUUGCAUUCCUUGUUGCAAAAAAAACAACUUUUUUUUUUUUUUUUUUUUUAAUACAAUAAA